UUCAACCAAUACAUAACCUCAAACGAUUUGAAAAAACAAACCUGGUUAGCAAUGGCCAUCAACAGUCGUCUAGUGUCUACUAUUGAGAAACAGAUGAUCUACUCAUACGAUCUGCAGAAGAGAGCUUUGGAAAAAUACGUGAUUGAGUCCAGAGGCGAAGGCUACUACUACAACAGACUGGCUGGGAAUGUUUGGAAAUAUUCUAACACCAUAUCUUCUACGUCAUCAGACAAUCCUGCAGACGCAGACUGUGUUACCGAGGCUUAUUCUGCGUUGUACAAGUCCCUUGAUGUUGGGGCAUCCGAAGCAUUAGCGUGUGACGCUGAGAUCGUGAACAACACCAAAUUUCUCCUCGCUCGCGCAAACAACUACUUUUCCCAAAUUAACAAAAUCCUCCCUUACACAGGGAAUGUUGCCAUCCUCACCUGCUUCAGCAAAGGUUACAUCUACGCUGAACAGACGAUCUACAACUGCUUCAACGUAGAGUUGAACAGCUACAAACUCAACAUCACAGAGUUGAAUUCAACAAUAGUCAAUGACAUCGGGAUACUGCAAGGGUACGAGGCUAGUUUUUAUAGCAACUAUUCUAUCCCGUGUGGAGACCAUAUACUUGGUAGAGUGUUUGUUGAGGCUGACAAAACACUGUAUGAACUACAGAGAUGUCUGUAUAUCAACAGAGGCACUAAGUAUGCUGUAACUACACUAGCACCGUACACUACGACAUACGCACCGACUUCACCAACUACUCCAUCUACACCAUCUACUCAAACUACUACAUCUACAUCUACACCUUCUCCAACUUUAGGAUUAUCUUAUACCGGAUAAAUAGAAGAAUAUCUACGGAUAACCUGAAUGCAAAUGAAAAGUGGAGGGGAGAAAUACUUAACAGUAAAACAAUGAUUUUCGUAUAUAAGUAGAAGAGUGGUUAUCAUCAAAACCUAGAUAUUAAAAUACAUUUCUCAGGCUUUCAAAUAAACCUAAA